AUGGCGAAAGAAUUUGAGAUGAAUGAUCUUGGGUUACUCACGUACUACCUCGGUAUUGAAGUGGACCAAAGGAAAGAUUGCAUCAUGCGAAAGCAAUCGACCUAUGCUAAGAAGUUAUUGCAGCAAUUUAAGAUGAUAGAGUGCAACCCAACCAAGUAUCCCAUGGAAGCAAAGUCACAACUCGAGAAAGAUGCUGAAGGAAACUUGGUGAAUUCCACCAAGUAUAGGCAUGUCAUCGGAAGUCUAAGGUACUUGACAAAUACUCGUCCAGACCUUUCAUAUGUUUUCAAAAUAAUGAGUGGGUACAUGGAAAAGGCCACUAUGAUGCACAUCAAGCGGUUAAACACAUUGUUCGCUAUGUGA